AUGGCAGCGAAUUCCGUCAGAGAGAUUACUACACCGACAUUGACAUCGACAUUGGACCCGCCCCAAAACGUUGAAAGUCGAUUAAAUCAACCGAAUCUCCUCGCUCAGGAUCUCUCGAACCCGAUACAGGGUCCUGCUACGGCUGCAUCUUUCUCUCCUAUCCUUCAGCGUAGUCCCACGCUUCCAUCUGCCGAAGCCAGGGCAAAGCGCUUCUUCCGAAACCACACGCGUAGAACGCGACCGCACCCAACUCAGCUAAGCCCAGCGAUAGCAUCGGUUGAACGACUGCAGGAAGAAGGAAUUCCAGCUCAACGAGGUGUCAAGAUUAACAUAGACCCCAAUAAGAUUUUCCAAGCCGCCUGUGCCCACGACAAAUCGAUCGCCUCUCUGACAGACCUCCCUAGCAGCGCCGCUUUUCCAGAGUAUGAUGAUCUGAAUGCCUAUUUUAUUAGCGAGGACACUACAAAAGAACUCCUGAAGCGGGAGAUUGCCCGUCUCGUAGCGAUCGUGGAAAAUCCCGAAGGCGAGCUGAGAUUCUCUAAUCAGGAAAUUCUCGAAGAAGGCUCUCAGGACGGAUACAAAAAGCUUUCCUCGCUAUCCCGUAUGAUCAUGAAGGCAGUAUCUAUUACCAAACUCGAUAACGAGGCCAUUGACCUGAAAUAUGGCAUUUCCAGCUACGGGAAAGUGGCAAAAUGCCUGAGGGUAGUUCGUUCCGGCCAGGCCGCCAGUGCGCAGAACGAGCUUGAACCCGAUUCGACCAAGUAUUCUGACGAAGAGGGUUACAUAAAUGCGUGCUAUAUUCUGGUCGAUUAUGUGACUGCAGUCUUGGUAAGACUGGUUACUCAAUCAGGGAGUGGGGACUAUUGGCACACUAACUUGGUGGGAGUGCUUGCAAAACUGACGACAAAGGUCAAAGUGCUGUUACUGACGCUGGGCAACAAUGCUUCUAUUUCGAUGAUGAAUGCGGAAUCUGCACUGGAGGAGUCGGGCCAGCCAGCUGCCGAUGAUGAUGAUGAGGAGGAGGAGGAUUGCGAAGAAACGCUUCUAAACAAAAAUACGAAAGAAGGCAAGGCAUCCACUGAAGACCCUGCUGUAACGUUGCAUUGCGCCCAUCAGUCAAAGUUUCGGUCAGGACCUAUGGCCAUUCUGAAUUACAUCUUCAUGUCUUUGCAAUAUCUGAAACGCUCGGGGCUUCCUAUGACUUCUUACGAAGUCUGCGCGGUAGUCUAUGAGACGGGGUUUGAAGGGUUCAAGGCACUUCUUUUUCAAGACCGAGACUACGAAUUUACGGCCACAUCAGACCUCGAUAAUCUCAACGUCGCACACUCGGCAUUUAAAAUUCUGAACCAGACCGUUCUGAACCUCCAGAAACACAAGCGGAUCUCUCAAGAGGGCCCCCCACCAAACUCAGGCACAGGCGCUCUAUGCACUAUGAUUGAGUGGGAAUAUUCCGAAGAGCAGGAUAGCCCAAGCCCUGGUAACGGAGGCCCGGAGUGGCCAGAUACAGAUCCAUCUGACUUCUCAAGGUCAUACAAACAUGAAUUGAUUCUCUAUAGCAUGGAAGACAUCAUUACCGUGAUGGUACCACUGGCGGCGACGAGUCCAGUGAUUGUAGCGAAUCUCAAUAGCUUCAGAAUUUUGGUUACCCUUACUGGGGAUGUUGAUGAUGACGUCCGUCCUUAUACAGAGAGCAAAUUCGACGCAUUCUUUCGCAUGUUCACCAACGAAUUCGAUAGUACUAGUCGACGUCGAGAUGUUCUUCGAUUAUCGCAAGCGGUACAGAGUGGUCUUUUCUCCAGAAGCAGUCUCAUUUCUCAGACUGGCGCCUCAUCGCCCAAUAUCGAGAAAGAACGCGUAGGAAAUCGGUUGCGACAGCUCACAGAAGAAAUGGACGAGUGGGUCUAUGAUGAAAGCUCUGUGAUCGUCAAUUGCGGGCUCUAUGUCUGGAGUGUCAUCGCUGCAGCAACAACCUUGGUUUUAGGUGGCCUGGCCAUAGGCUUCUCUGUUGGCGAUCGCCUAACAGGGGUGGAUCCUUUCAGCAUCACGACAUACGCGUGGCUCCUGGCAGCCUUCGUCGUUCUGGUUUGCAAAAGCAUUCAGGUCGAAAACUGGUCGUGGAGGGACUUUCUCCUAUGUCGGGUCAAGUGCCGAAGUGUCUCAGAACUGCAGAGCGUUACGGGAAUCAAUGAUCAACUCAUCAUGGCCAAGCUCCUCCACGAUGAGCGCGGGACGAUUCUGAAUACUCGGGGACCCUACAAUUCGGUAUUUCAGCGUAAAUCAGAAGACGGCUCUGGCUUCUCCAUCGACCGGCCCCUGAAUACGCGAACCUUGUUACUCAGCGGCUUGACCUUGAUGAAAGUCAUGACGGCACAAGGCCAUGCACUCGUGUGCCUCGAUGCUCGGCGGGGGACAGACCUUGCGGUCGUCGAACAUCGGGGCUUGGAUAGAAAGAAUCAUCUGGUGUGUGAGAAUAUCAACCGGCCGCGGUCGCAUACUUCAAAACAAUCCCGCAGCUUGCAGUCCGUGAGGUUGCCCUUAGCAAAAUCCCCACUGAGAUGGAAGAAGGUGCAAGGUGUUUACAAUAUAUUGGAUGCUGUUUUUGUGUAA